CAGAUCGUCUCCAUAUUCCCUGCCAUGAGUGAUCGACCAAUUUCGGGCGAUGCCCUUGAAGACGAUUUCUAUUUGGAAGGAUCAGUUGAAUCUGACAACGAAGGGCCUACUGUAGGCAGUAAACGUAAAGUUGAAGACGAAGACGAAGACGACAGUAAUACGACACAACAACAACAAGAACAAGAAAAGAAAAAAAAGAACAAACAAAAGAAGAAACGAAAAGUCAACGAUCCAUUCCGCUCGUUAGAUCAUGUUUACAAGGCUGAUCGCGAAACCCAAUUCCAAUACGUUCAAGAUCGCCAACGAUCUGCCUUACCCAACCUGACUCAAGUCGAACUCGAAGAACAAAUCUUGCCGGAAGACCAGUUUGUCAACAAUGCUCAAUUCAAACAACCCGAACAUACCCUUGACACGUUGCCCAACUAUAUUAAAUUCGGCAUGUUGCAUCACAAAAAAUUGGACAAGAAGCCACAAGAUCCGGCUGCACCGACUGUAUUAGUCUUGACACAUGCAGCUAUGCGAGCUGCUGAUUUGGCUCGUGCUAUGAAACCGUUGGGAAAAGUUGCCAAGUUGUUUGCGAAGCAUAUGAAGGUCAAGGAACAAGCCGAGUUUUUGCAAAAGGAUCCAGUCCAUUUGGGUGUGGGCACGCCGAACAGGAUCAAAGCCUUGGUGGAGCAGGAGCAUCUCAAUUUGGACAACCUCGAGCUGAUUGUGGUAGACACUGAACGGAAUGCUAAACGGUUUACGGCAUUUGAGAAUGAUGCUGUGCGGAAUGAUUUGUACAGUUUCUUGGGUGCGUAUAUUGCUCCACGCAUGAAUGAGAAGAAGACGCGGUUAGGUCUUUUCUGAUUUGUUGUAGUUUAUUUGUUUAUUUAUUACUUUUGUAUCUGUCUUUUUGGCUUUAAUAGUAAUUACAGCAUAUCUUUGUAAAUUUGCACAAGCUUUUGCA